GCGCACGCGCAAACAGAGUUGCAUUUACUUUCCAAUCUGCCCUCCAAUGAAUAGUGAAAAAGCAGCUCUCUACGCUAAGAAUUCACGAGCUCAGUUUUUUUGGAACACUGCUUUUCUGUCAGAAAUUGCGUGGAACCGUUCUCACAAUACAAAGGUUGUGGACAUCGGAUGUGGCACUGGAGAGAGUACGAAAAAUCUACUGGCAACCAGAGACGAAGUAGAAAGCGUUUUGGCGUUUGACAUUUCCAGCAACAUGAUAGACUAUGCAAACGAGCACAACAGUCAUGAAAAAAUCGUUUACAAAGUCGGAAAUAUUGAAGACAUCGAUCUGGUUACUAAACUGGAGGGUCAAGCUGCUGUGUGCAAGCGUGGAUCGUUUGAUCGAGUGGUAUCUCUCAACGUGCUGCACUGGGUGAAAGAUCAGACGGUGGCACUGAAGAAUAUUGUCUCAUUUCUACGACCUGGAGGAGACUGUUUGUUAGUAUUUGGGUCUAAGCCUUCUCCUGCUUUCCUACACGCUAAAACAGAGAUUCUAAAGAGUGAAGCCUGGAAGGACAUGAUUCAUGAUGACGUCAACUGGAGACAUGGAAGGAAUUCGAAAUGGUUGAAGUAUAGUGAAUGGCGGCUGCCCGAUCCAGCCGAUGGUUAUCGACGUCUGUGUGAAAAGGAAAGACUAGUUGUUACAAAAUCAGAGGUGCGGGAGGUGAAGUACACUUUUGUGAGUGUUGAGGAGUGUAAGGGUGUAUUGCAGUACCUGUUGCCUCACGUACAACAGAUUCCUAAGGAAUUGGUACCGAAAUUUAUGGAUGAUGUGUAUGACUUAUUCCAGUCGGUGUGUAUGAAAGAUACGAAUGGCCAAUGUAUGUGGCACGCCCACUUUCUGUUUGUAACUGCUACCCUGCCAUAGAUUUUUAUUUUUAUACGUUUGUUUGUCUUGAUUUACUGCAUAGGCAUUUUGUACUGCAUUUUUUAUAUCAGGUUUGCAUAUUCCUUUUUUGUGGUUGAAUGCUGUAUACACUGCUGUACAACAU